AUGUUUAUAACUGCUAAAACCAUUUUUCAAAUCUCAUCCACAAUUAUGUCACUCAUAUUAAACACCGCUUUGAUUGUCUUAAUCAUCAAAAAAUCGCCAGUGAAAAUGGGAAAUUAUCGAGCCCUGAUGAUUUAUUUUUCGAUUUUUGCAAUGACUUUUAGCUUGUUGGAUAUUUGGGCAAAACCGGUAAGUGAGAAAAAUUUUUGUUUUGAAAAUAAUUUUCGAAAUGUUUCAGUUUGUUCAUUCAAUCGAUCAUUGUUUUGCGGUUAUCGUCGAAGUUGAAAAUUUGAAAAUCGGAAAACAAGGUUCUCUUAUAGUUGUUUCUGCUCUUUGCGGUUGUUUUGGUUCAACGAUCACAUGUUUAGCGAUUCAUUUUGCUUAUCGAUUUUUUGCGCUUGAAAGGUACACGUAAAACUCGCAGAAAAUAAAUUCAAAUUUGAAAAGCGCGGGGAAGACACACAUACACCGCGACGCACAAUUACACACAUUGGGCUAAAAUUGAAAAAAAAAUUUUUUUUGGGGAAUCCUUAGACUAAAUAGCCUUCUUCAAAUCUAUAUAUGUUUUUUAGAAAAGGUCGUCUUCGAUUUUUCACCAACUCCUACCUAAUUUUCUGGUCAAUGUUACCUAUAAUAUUCGGUAUUUCUUGGGGAACAAUGGUUUAUUUUCUAUUGGGACCAUCAGAACAAGCAUCCAAUUAUCUCGCGAAAUCAAUCUAUGACGAUUAUAACUUGGAUAUUAAAAAUGUCACUUAUGUGGGUGCCCUGUAUUUCUACAGGGAUAACACUCCAAAUAUCAAACAUUUUCUUGCAUCAUCAAUUCUCAUGAUAAUAAUGUUCAUUUCCUUUUCAAUUGUUUUCAAUUUCGCGAUUCGAAGUUUUGUUCUCAUUCAAAAACUUUUGAAAAACGAAGGAGAAUCGAAAUAUAGUCAAAACCUUCAACAACAACUCUACAAAGCGCUGGUUUUCCAAUCACUUUUCCCACUUUCACUUAUGUAUAUCCCAGUUGGCGCAUAUUUCAUUGCACCCAUGUUUGGUAUCAAUAUUGAAACAUUCAGUAGAGUUGUCACAUUUCUUUAUGCUGUUUAUCCAGCUGUUGAUCCGAUUCCAAUUAUUUUUAUCAUUGAUGAUUAUCGAUUUGCAGUGUUCAGUGAGUUUUACCCGCGCUGCGUGUGCGUUGCGGUCGCUUUUAAAUACAAAAAUAUUUUAUUUUCAGAACUUUUUCAUAUUUGUGAAAAUCGAAAUCGUGUAAGAGACGUUGAAAUGUAUCAGGAACCACAAAAUAAUUGUGAGGUCUGA